GACUGUGCAUGUGUGGCCUCAGUAGUGCGUGUUGCCUUGCUGUCUUGAGUCUAGUGAUAUAAAGCUUACCUGGACUAGAAACCUCACAGAAGCGGCUUCAGCGUGCUGUAGGAGAACUCCCUGAAGCAUCCGAUAGUGAGACCAACUAACCUCAUCUGACAUCGGAGCCAACAUCAGGGCCAUCAAGAAGCGUCUCCAAUGUCUAAAGGGGCGAAUGGUCUUGUGGAGCGGCUGGCGCGUGGUGAGCGCGUGCUGGUGGCGGAAGGUUACAUCUUCGAGUUGGAGAGACGCGGUUAUUUACGUGCAGGAGCCUUUGUACCCGAAGUGAUUCUUGAACACCCCGAUGUGGUCAAAGGACUGUAUGAGGAGUUCGUCCACGCCGGGAGCGACGUGGUGGUUGCUUUGCAAUACUAUGCGCACCGAGAGAAGCUGCGACUCGUGGGGCGGGAGGGAGACCUGGAGCGCCUCAACAUGGAGGCACUAGGGUUGGCCCGUCAGGUGGCCACCGCCACAGGCACACUGAUGGCCGGCAACCUGUGCAACACCACCGUGUACCAGCGCGACGAUCCCACGGCCCUGGAGAAAACCCGAAAAAUAUUUGAGGAACAGCUGGAGUGGGCAGUCAAGCAGGGGGCCGACUACAUCGUGGCCGAGACCUUCAGCGAGGUCGGGGAGGCCCUGCUGGCUCUUGACGUCAUCAAGUCCCACGGAAACGGACUGCCGGCAGCUGUAAGUUUGAGUGCCCACGAGGAUGAGGUGACCUUUGACAAGGUGCCCUACCCUGUGGCGUGCCGUCAGUUGGAGGAGGCGGGGGCGGCGGUCGUGGGUCUGAACUGCGCGCGAGGCCCUCGCCAGACGCUGCGCAUCAUGAAGGAAAUCCGGCGAGCGUGCAAGGGCCCGAUAAUGGCGCUGCCAGUGCCCUACAGGACAACGGACAAAGAACCGUCCAUGCAAACACUGACCGACCCACAGACAGGCAAGCGGGUGUUCCCCGUGGACCUGCCGGCGGUGGCCUGCUCUCGCACCGACAUCGCGGAGUUUGCUCGUGAGGCGCAGGAGCUCGGGGUGCAGUACCUGGGGCUGUGCUGCGGCAACGCCUCGCACUACAUGCGCGUGCUGGCGGAGGAGUGCGGCAGGAAGCCACCCGCCAGCCGCUUCUCCCCCAACAUGAAGGAGCACUUCAUCUGGGGAGAUGGUACACGUAGCUCAACCUACUACACGCAGGGCCUGAGGGAGGCCAUCUUAGGGGCCAGCAAUGAGUAGUCUGCAGUAGCCACCUAGAAAAUGUACUUACCACAAAAAACAUCAGCAACAGUACAAACGACAGUUAUAUGGGAGGGUAAAUCGAGAUCUUAGUUUUCUUCUGCAUCUUCUGCUAGAAAUGUAGGGUCCUAUCACAUCGCUGAAAAAAAAAAUACCGUGGUCCAUAUAAGUAUAGUGCCUGUACAAGAAUCGAAAGAUCUGUGUGAUUUGUUUCCAGGGUUAAAUGCAUAGAUGUGUGUAUGUACAUGCGCUUGCGUAUUAAAAAAACUAAUACCUUCAACA